UCCCAGGCGCGCGGGGCACUAAGGGGAUUUCUGUCAGCUGCUUACACUCUAAGAGGAUUGAGGAAACUAUCAAUUUUCUAGCUUGUGUACUGACGCCUUCUCGUCUCAAGUGUCCCAGUUGAAAAGCUCUGUAUCUUCUUCCAAGUGUAUCUGUAUUUGUGAGUAAACACCAGGAGAGAGCGGGGCGGACAGAGCAGGAGGAUGAGCACCAAAGCGGGCAUCGACUACAGCGUGUGGGAUCACAUCUAUGUGUCCGACGAUGAAGAUGUGACCUGUCCGUACGUCGACACGCCGAGCUUAUUUAGAAUGAGACACCGGUCCCGUCUGGAGCAAAUGGCUGAGUUCCAGCAGAAAGGAGAAGACCUGGAGCAUAACUUUGCAGAAUGCAAGACCCUAUUAAAGGAGGCCCAGGGACGGCUUAAAAAGCUGGAAGAAGAAAGGCAGGAAGGAGAGGAGGAUGAGGAGAGGGAGGCUGAGCUGAAGAAAGCCCAGGCUGAGGUGAAAAAACUGACGAAAGAUGAAAAGAAGUUUGAAAAAAUGAUCGAAGAAUACCGACGGGAAGAAAAGAAACUUCCCUGGAACGUCGACACUCUCAGUAAAGAAGGGUUCAGCAAGAGUGUACUCAACGUUAAACCCAUAACAAAGGAGGAAACUGAGGAGGAAAAGGUGGAGAAGCACAAGACCUUUGUGGAGAAGCAUGCAGCGGAAAUCAAACACUUUGGUAUGCUGCAUCGCUGGGACGACAGUCAGAAGUAUCUGUCAGACAACCCUCAUCUGGUGUGUGAAGAGACGCCUAAUUGCCUUGUUGUCAUGUGUAUUGACCAUGAGAUCGAUGAGAAACAUGCACUGAUGGAGCAAGUGGCUCAUCAGGCCAUAGUCAUGCAGUUUAUCUUGGAUUUGGCUCGGACGCUGAAGGUCGACCCGAGAGGCUGCUUCAGGCAUUUCUUUUCAAAGAUCAAGACUGCAGAGAAGCAGUACCUGGACAUGUUUGACCGUGAGCUGGAGCUGCUGAAGGAGCGGGUCCGCAGCUGUGCGCAGAGCCGUAUGGAGGGCGCCAUGAAGGAGUUAGAGGAAGAGGAGAAGGAGAAGAGACUGGGCCCGGGUGGUUUAGACCCUCUAGAGGUUUAUGAGUCACUGCCAACGGAAAUGCAGAAGAGCUUUGAUGAGAAGAACAUUCAGAUGCUGCAGGAAGCUAUCAGCAAGCUGGAUCCUCUGGAGGGAAAAUACCACCUCCAUCGGUGCAUUGACUCUGGGCUGUGGGUCCCUGAAUCAGGAGAGGCUGAUGAAGAUGAUGAAGAUUAGACAGAGAAAGAAGAAGAUGAUUGAGUUGUGAAAAAGAAGUGGGUUAAUGUUACAUGUAACAUCAGCUGAACUGAAAGACCUCUUCUUUGUUCAUAGUCAUUGUAAGGCAAUCAUCCUCGGUAGUUGACUGUAAAUGUGGACAACUCCAAAAUUACCUGUUGUCAAUGUAAUGGUCAUUUGUAUUUAUUUAGUAAUCAGUUAUUUUUUAGAUAUAUUGGUCAACCACGUACAUUUAUGAUCUCCUUGAAGAGUUUCUUAUAGUCCCCUGUUUACUCUCCUUUAGAAUCAGCUGAUUUUAUUCAGAUCACACUGGAUGUGAAGCUGUUAGGAAGACCUGAGGGAUGACAUUGUCUCUUUAAGUUUCAGAUAUCAAAAAGGUCAAAGCGUCAUAUUUUAGUAGAGAGAAAGUUAAGAAUGCCAACACAACUGUUUACAUGUCAGCCUGCACCUGUUGUUUCACUGGCCAACAGCGCCCUCUUCAGUCUAUUUGGGGACAGUAAAAAGUCUGAACUCCACAGCACCUACUUACAAUAUGUACAUUUUGUGGUUGGUGAAAUUAAAGGCCUCCGACUGACUGAUUAAUAUUUACUAUCAACUGAUAUUAGUCAGCCUGAAUUCGUCAUUAGUAUAUCCAAACAAAGUGUGUCAACACUCAGAGGCUGAAUCCAAAUGUCCAGACUUCACAGCUCCAGCAGACUUGCACACUUUGUGAGCAUGUUCCCAAGAAAUCUGUGAGUGCUGAAGGCUUCCAAUACCAACAAUCUAUCCAGUCCAUGAGUGGCCUCAGGCAGACUUUCAGAGUCUGCUCGGUACCACUGGACUUUAGUGAUUCAAUUAACUACAAUUCAAUACACUGUGGAGGGUUUUAUUUUCAGUACCUUACUAUGUUUGUGUAAAAAAUGUCAGUCCAAUGACACAAGGAAGAGAAAAGAAGUAAACAAGCUACAUUUAUGAGAAGCUAUUUGUGCAAAAUGUGACUUCUCAACAUUUAAAGGGAUAGUUCCUGUUUUUGGAAGUGGGGUUGAACUCCGGUUCAUAAAGGUGUCCUCUUGUGUCCACAGUAAACAACUUGUCAUGUUGUUGUUAGAAUCAUUCAUUUUCAGUUUGGUUAUAUUUUUUCCUCUUUUGAAGCCCGCAUACCCGAACAGCUGAUCAGUGCGCUGCAGGUGGAAGAACAUGAGUAGUGUACACAGAUGAAAACAAAUAGGCUUUCUGACAGCAAAGUAAAGCACUGAAAAUUGCUGACUAGAGUGCAUGCUUACGCAGACGUAAAUAUUUAGUCUGACUUUAUUAAAAUGAACUAACUUACAUAGCAGAGCUGACCCAGUCUGCAGCGGUUUAUAGCAGAGCUCCGGCCUGUUUCCUGACCAAGGGGCCGAGCUGACCAGUAUCCCCUGUGACUAAUAUACCUCAUUCAACCCCACUUCAAAAUGUGGAACUAUCCCUUUAAAAAUGACUGAAAUCAUCAACUUAAUAUCAAAACUUCUAAUAUUACAGUGUAAAAUCUGUGUAGAGUGGGCUCCACUUCUAAAAUUGAAGUAGAGCUGCGUUUAAAUUUAAGUCUAACUGAGGGAAGUUGUUUUAUUUAUUUUUAGCUGCUUGGUAAUUAAACUACGGAAGAGGAUU